AUGCAAAAUAAACUCAUUUUUAAGUUUUGGCGACGAACUCAUAUAAAAGAGUCAACUGAUACGGAAAUUGGUACAAUAAAUACACACGAAGAGGUUGUUCGCUUAAGAUUGUUUUUUGAAAAUGAAAAUCUAACGAUUUUUGUCAAUUCACGAAAAAGAUAAUCACGAAUGGGAUAAUCCACUUGAGUUUAUAUUUUCUUUAAUUUCAAAUUCCGUUGGUCUCGGAAAUGUUUGGCGUUUUCCUUAUUUAGCCGC